GAGUGGGGGGGUGGGGGGAAGAGAGACUGUAGAAGCGGUGGAGGCCGGAGCGCCCUCGGGCCUCAGCUCCAGAAGAUCUCCUAGAGUUGGCGGCCGCGGGGACAGCAGUGACCGAGGCAGCCGAGGCUAAGGUGGCGGGAUGAGCACGGGCCGCGGAGCAGGCCACAGGGGUAAACCAUUGCUGUAAAAGACUUGACUCCAUAAUCUCCGUCUGCCCUAAUGCUGUCAUCUGGAGUAGAGACUCAGCCAGUUCCACUUGAUUCCCUCAUGCCUGCUGUCGUACAUGAAUUAUACUCUGAACUCUCAGUAAGUGUCUCCAAAGAGCUUCAUGCUGAGAAGGAGCCCAGUAUGAUUCCAGAUGUAAAAUCUGGAGCCUCAAGCUCUCGUGUAAAUCAGAGUAGGGCGUCACCCCUGGAGCUGCCGAGGACUCGUGCAGAAGGCUGUCGUGAAGAAACCUUUGAGGCCUUGGAUUAUGGGAGCAAACCUGGGUGGUGCGGACUAGUGGACCCUACAGCAAGAGGGCCUGUGGCUUUUGAGAUCUUGGAUAGAGAAGAGAGAACCAAAAGCAUGGAUCCAAAGGCCUUCAGAGAUGAAGGAGACCGGGCCGAAGUUUUCAGAGACCCCUGUGAGGCAGCAAAGGAGGAUCCGUGCCAGCAUUGCACAUCUUCUAAAGAAAAGAUCUGCCCCAGUCAGGAUGUCCUUCUGACACAAUCCAGCAAAGAACCUGUAUGUGCAGACCUCUCUGGAGAUCUGCUGAAGAACAAAGGAAAUGUACACAAUACAACUGGAACUCUGCCAGAGCCCAUUGAAGAUAUAAAAGGGAAUUGUGCCAUUUCCACAAUGAGCAAAGUGAAGGAAGAGUUGUGUGACUUAAACCUUAUCAGUGAAGCAGAAGAUGGCCACCAACAGAUUCUCAGCCACUAUAAGGAAAAGCCCAGUUCUGCACAUGAUCAUUCCACCAUUACAGGAAGCAAAGUCUCUAUAAAACCCUCAGAAGAAAAUUCUAAAAUGUUAUAUCUCACAUCAUAUUUGUCUGGCCCAAAAUCCAUAGAAAAAUGUCAUUUUGAAGACAAUGGUUUAGUAAAGGAAUCUGAUGAAAAACUACACAAGGUUGAACAAAGCAAGAACUUCACUUGUGGAGAAGAAAGUAAAGAACAGUACUGGAGGCCCAGGAGUGAAAAAGGAGGCCUCUUUCUCUUCCAUGUCAGACAAGAACAGGAUGGUUCUGGUGAAAAACAGGCUGUGGAGUCCAGUAACCAUAGCAACUGUAGCACUCAGGCUACUUCCUGUAUAGAGAACUGUAAUUCUAUGCCUAAUUCUUUUACUGAAGCCACAGAAAUAAUGUUUAAAGAAAAUGAUCUGAAAACUACUUUAAACAUUCAAGGUAGUUUGGUAAGCUCCAAGGACCAUAGAAAAACUGUCACUGAUGUGAACCAUCCUGAGAUACACUCUGAGGAAAGCAGUUUUUCCUUGUUGAUGCAUAUUGAAGAGCCAGAGCAAACAACAGUAAAGUCCAGUGCAGUAAAUGAAAAGAUUUACAGUAUAGACUCUAAGUCUGUAGUCAGCAUCCAGGGAAGUCUGGAUGAUUCUCUGCCAAAUAAAGUAUCAUGCAGUGAUUUUCUGUCUGGAAAAAAAUCCCUUCAGAAUAUGAUGCCUGCAAAUCCAGUAAGUUCUGAACACAAUGACAUAUCAAAACCUAAGAAGGGUACUGCAAAAUUACCACCAUGUCCAGAGUUUGAUUGUGGAUCUGCUUCAGAAAAGCAUGUACAGGCCUCACAUGACAACAUUUCACAUUUAGACGAGCCCAUCACUGCCUGUGAGAAGAGUGAACUUUCUUGUAACAGUGAACUGGUUGUACACAAAAUAGAACAUGAAUGUGUUUUAAAUCAACAAGUGUCCCUUAAUUCUCAAGAGCAUGUAACAUUACCAACUGACUCUCUACUAAAUCUAAACAGAGAGAUGCCUUCAGCAACAUGCAGAGAUGCUCAGCCAAGCCAUCAUUCUAUAAAGAAUGGAACAGAUGUUACCACAAAUACUCAAACCAUUCCUGCUGAGACAAAAUUGGAAGCCAUGUCCCCACAAGGUGAUAAAACCUGUGGUGCCUCUUCAUACAUACACACCUUAAAUAUCAAAAUCAGAAGCCCAGAAGGGCAAAAAGAAAUGGCUGAUUCGAGUAUUAAAGAUCUACAUUCCAUGGUCCUCUCAAGUGAGAAAGAGGCAGCUGGCUAUUCCUUUGACACAGAAUGUCAAAAUGUUCAGUCUCAGGAUGUUUCCGGCUGUCGCUGCAUAAGGAUAAAUACAUCUGAAAAGAAUGUGUGCUCUGCUUGUGCUGCCCUUGGACCCAGAAAAGAUAUCCUGAAAGUCAGCAACUAUAAAAUAAACUGUGGGAAUGCAUGUCAGUCUAGCAGUCAUUGCUUCCAAAGACCAAAAGACUUUGUGGAAAGUAGCACCUUCUUGGAGAGUGAACUUGCUGGGAGGGAGACUCCAAGCAGCAUUCUAGGAGGUAAGGUUAGAAAUGAAAUGACGUUGGAUAGUGGAGCUUUAACCACAACCACUCACAAUAGCAGUAAUGUGGAAACCAGUGAGGAAGGACUGGGUGGAAAGAAACGGGAUAAACACAGAGACACAGCAGUUUAUACGCACAGUACCUCUGCUUGUGAUACACAAGAACUAAACCAGUCUACAAACAUUCCAAGUCCUGACACAUUAGUGGACCAGUCCUUGACUGUUAUUUCAUCUCAUUUUAAAACCAUGUACCAAGCAGCUGGAACUCUUGACCAGAAAGCAGAUGAAGUUUCUGACUGUCAGGGUAACAAAAAUAGUCCAGACAAAUGCAGAAGUGAAGGUAAACCUUGGGAAGGACUCAACGGUGACCAUCGAGAGACUAUCCCUGAAGGAAGCUGCAAGGAAAAGGAUUUGAUAGUCAGUUCAGGCAGUAAAAACCCUGCGUUUUGUGGUAGUUUAGACAAAAAAGAUCCCAAAGGAGCCUUUGAAAGUAGCCCUGGUACCGAAGAGUUGACACACAGUGUGCUAGAUGUGGUGGUGUGUCCAGACUGCACAGGUGAGCCUACAGAGGGUGUUGUGGGUGUGGAAGCAUCUAGUCUAGUUGGUCAUUCUACAGGGCGAAAUAAACUGGCAUACCGUGAGACCUUAAGGAGUACCUCAUCUCUUCAAGGAAAAUUGAAUGUUGUAUUUAUAGGUACAACUGACCAAGACUCAAAACUCUCAAAUGCUGCUGCUUCUAUAGUAGACUCUCCUGAAAUACUAAAGUCACAUGAAGAAAACGUGUGCAGGUCUCUAAAAGACUGUGAAAUGGAAGAGUGUCUAGACUCUGCCAUUUAUCAUGAAGUAGAAUCUGUUGCCGAUCAUGAGCCAAAUGUAAGAGCACUAGAUAGAGGAGGUGUGUCUUUAAAUCAUAUUCAUUGUGAGCAUCGAGGUAAAGGAGGAUCUGUGACAGAAGGACUGAGACUAGGAGCCAAUUCUGAGUUUGGUGAGAAAACCUUUGGAUUAGCCUCAAAAGGCCCGAUGUCUUCUAGAUGCCAAGACUCUGAUGACAGGUCUCGUCCGUCUUCUCAAGAACAUUUACCAGCUGGUGUUCGUGGUAAAACACCUAAAUUGAAACAUCUCUUUAAGCCCAAAGAUGGUAAAAUGCUUCAUGAAAAUGUCAAAGACUGCACAGUCCAGUCUGACGUGAAGGAAGGAUUACCAGCUGAUGUAAGUAACGCUAGUGAAGGAGAUGGCACGUACAUCAGUGUGGACAGAAAUGUUUGCAGAGCUUGUCAUUCUCGUGAGAAUUCUACAGAUAAAUAUUUGCCUUUGAUAAUGGAAACAGCAAUGAAAAUGAGUAAAGAAGAAACUGAAGAAUGUCAGAAGGGGCCUCUGGGUCACCUACCUGUUGGGGAAGAGUCCGAGGAGACCUUUACCAGAGAAGGUCAUAAUAUUAAUUUUCCUAAGAGUUCUCAGACCCACUUGAAAUGCCAGAGAGUGCAAGAUAUUGCUGAAAACCCACAAAACCAGAGAGUUGUGGACUAUACCUUGCCAAAGGAAAAACAUGUAUAUCAAAAGGACAUGCAUGCACUGUUAGAACAACACAUGUCAUUGAACAUGUUGUCAGAUGAGAAGCAGAAUAAGAAGCAACCUGUGGCUGACCAAGAUGAGUCCAUCAUAAUGGAAGAAGUUACCCUAAGAAGGCCAACCAAGAAGAAAAUGGCUAGACAGCUUCAGAGGUUGGAAGACCCAAAACAGGAAAACUUAUGUCAUCUGUUAAAGAAAGACAUUGAAUUAUGCUCAGGUCCUCGGCUUCCUGGUACCUCCUGGAAAGAACAUGAUCCCAGCUCUGCUGGAGGUGAUCAAAUACACGGUGCCUUUGUGACGCUGUCAUAUCAGCAAAGAUUGCUUCCUGUAAAGAAGCAGCCUCAUCGAACAUGUAAGAGAAGUUCCUGCCUGGAGCCAGUCACUGUGCGGAGGAAAAUAAGUAAAGUGGGAAAUUCUGAUUGUGGGAAGAGUUCCUCUAACCCCAACCCCACAAAAGCACACAGACUUCUUAGCCCUUGUGCUGUGCCUGCCGCACCACUGGAACCUGAAGCAGUACCUAGCAAGAGCUUGCGUAGCCACAUACCAAAGCUGAAGGCUACUCUGUGCCAUCCCUUGAGCCUGAGUUAUAGGAAGCCUACCAAAGAAUCAGCCUUACUAAACAAGCUGUCUAUCCUUGCCUCCAAACUGGUUCUGGCCACAAAGCCCCAGAAACUCAGAUACCGGCGGUAUUCCUCUUCCCUUGUUCCAUUGGCUAAAAGCUACAAGCGCCUCAGAUAUAAAAAGCUCCUAGAUGGAUUUUCAUAUAAUGCAAUGCAGCUGGACCCAUAUUUGGCAGCUACUGGAUGGGAUAGGAGGUCUAACAGUAAGCCCUUGGCACUUUAUUCUCUUGAAGCUGUCAAAAUGAGCUUCAUAGAUUUGAGCAACAAGAUGCCAUCACUGCUGUUUGGUACUGAAAUCUUCCCAUUUUCCUUUCAUGUGAAAUCAGCAUCCAGUUGCACAGUCGAGUCAUCCAGGACUUUUCCUGAGCACUGUGCUCCAUCGAGGCUUGCCUUAGCUGAGACCUCCCAGUGCUCAUCUCCACCUCCCAAGUGGACCUUUUCUUUUUUCAUGUCCCACGGAUGCCCUGGGAUGGCCACAUUCAGGGAAGACACUGGCUUCUCUAGUCAGACACGCACUCAGGCUCCUCCACAGACGACAGCUCCUCUCCGAGACUAUGGAGGCACUGCCAUAGUACAGACCAGAGCAGACUGCUCUGUCCUUGGCCUUCACACCCUUCUAGCACUUUGUUCACCAGGAUGUUACCGGAUCUGGACCAAAAAACGGAGCUCCUCCAAUCACAUGGCUGCCAUGCAGAGGUUCUUCCUGACCCAGUUUACACAGGGCUUACAAGGGUUAAGGUCUCCAGCCUCUGUAGCAGACAAGGUCUUCUGCUCUCUGCCCUACUCAGUGGGCCGAGUGCUGUCCAUUUGGAGCCAGCAUGGGCCCUCCUGUACCUUCCAAUUGCCAGCUCUUCAUUCUACUCACAGCAAGCAGCAGGGGAGCCUGACCGCCCUGAGCAGCCACACCACCAUACCAAAUGUGCCUCUUCCAGGCAUGGAAGCUAUCCACAACACCAACAGCAGUCACAUGAGGCCAGAGCCUGUGUUCCCUGCCUUGGUGCCAAAGUCUUGCUUGGUAACAGAGCCUGCUGUCAGCAAGCUCCUGCUGUCAGCCUCCGAGUUCCAGGUCCCGGGGUUUGAUGAGCUGGAUGAUGUGUCAGCAGCAUGCCCCCGACCACAGAGCAGCUCUGCAGAACAGAAAGAGGCCGAGCCAGAGAAGAGACCAAAGAAAGUCUCACAGAUUCGAAUCCGAAAAACCAUUCCUAAACCAGAUCCCAACCUUACCCCAAUGGGCCUGCCUCGGCCCAAAAGGUUAAAGAAGAAAGAGUUUAGUUUAGAAGAAAUAUAUACAAACAAGAAUUACAAGUCUCCUCCUGCAAACAGGUGUUUAGAGACCAUCUUUGAGGAACCCAAAGAAAGAAAUGGUACACUCAUCUCUGUCAGCCAGCAAAAAAGGAAGCGUGUUCUGGAAUUUCAGGAUUUUACCAUCCCCCGGAAGAGACGAGCUCGAGGUAAAGUGAAGCUGAUGGGCAGCUUCACGAGGGCCCAGAAGGCAGCCCUACAGACUCAAGAGCUGGAUGCGCUUUUGAUUCAGAAGCUGCUGGAACUGGAGACUUUCUUUGCCAAGGAGGAAGAGCAGGAGCAUUCAGCAGGCUGCUGAGAACACUGCAGGGUCUCCAUUUUGAAUCUUUUCAGACCUCCCUGGAAGAGGUUCCCUGAUUUUGCCCUAUGCCCAAACCACUCACAA